UCUCAUUUUUAGUAAUAUUCUGUCCGUUCGACGGAGAGUUUUAAUCAGUUCUUAUUUCAGAUUACUUCAGAUUACAGCUUCCUACGAUUAUUAGUGCUAGUGAAAAAGUUAUUCGAAAUACAUACAAGAUGGGAAAUAGUGAUACAUUUGAUAAUAAUAUUAAAUUCGUAAAUCUAUUCAAAACGUACGCCGGCCAGAAUGAACUUCCGAACGAGUUUGAUACUUGGACCGUAGACAAACAGUACAGCUGGAUAAAGCAGAAUGCGUCGAAAUUCUUUCCAAAUAUACCGCAGUCGUUGUAUAACUUUAUUCCGGGUUUUUUUUGCGAACUUGAUAACACUCCCUCUCUCGCAAUACCCGAUUGGAUGGACUUGGACAAGUAUCGCAGAGGACAACAAUUUGUGCAAAACAAUUACUUCGCAAUUUUUGUGACUAAAAUACUUAGUCUUAUGCAUGUGCGCACUUUUCUCGACGCAGCAAAACCAGUUAUCCUUGGUGGACGGUCACACACUCCAUUUUUAAACUUCAAGAGAUAUCGCUCGACUAUAAAUAAAAUAAUGAAUUGGUAUAAAGGAGAACCUUGGAUUAAAGGAACACAAGCCUACGAAGACAUGCAGGCAACACGUGGAAUGCAUACAGCUGUAAGAAACAAAGUGUCGCGAUUGACUCGCGAAGAACUCGACGCAGCGUGCACAUUCGCGAAUCCAUGGUGUCCGGAUCGUGAAAUACUUCAGAAGGAUUUCGCAGAAUUUUGCCCGUUUGGAAAAACCGGAUGUCCUUACACCGCGAUCACUGAACUAGCAAAGCCAAACAGACCGAUAGAUUUCAAUAACGCUGACAUGGCGGGCGUUCAAGGCGCGAUAAUAUAUCACACCUUGCUUCAUCCAAAACGUGUCGGAAUACAUGACGCGAAUGAUGAGAAUCUCGAAGCCUUCUGUCAUAUGUGGCGAUGCUACGGAUAUUUUCUGGGUAUAAAAGACGAGUACAAUUUUUGUCGUGGAAGUCUCGAAGAAAUAAAACAACGUACACGAGAUUUUUUUCAAUACUGGGUAAUACCAAGUUACAUGGACUUCACACCCGAAUUGGAGCAUAUCGGAAGAUGUUUUACCGAAUCCUUACCCUACUACUUUCCUUUAUUGUAUAUACCUUUCAAGGUAUAUUUAUUAUUCAUUGCAGAUGCAAUAAAUACAAAAAUGACACAUUUACAUGCGUCGCUUAAUUACGUAGAAAGAAUUGUUUACAAAUUCUGGACGUUCCUAUUAUUCCGUGCACUUCAAGUGUCAAUCAUAAGAAUUGUUUUUAAUACGUUUGCGAACAAAUUACUUGAAAAAGCAUUAAACUAUAAACCGGAAAAGCUAGCAGAGCUUCAUGAGAAAUCGAAGAAGAAAGUACCAGAUUUUUUGAUCAAGCGCGUGCAGAUAUCAUAAGAUGAAUGUUUUUGAUCUAUGUAUAUAUAUGUACUAAUUUUGUAUUUUCUAAUAAUUCUAAUAAUAGUUUCUAAUAAUAGUUUUGUAUUUUCUAAUAAUUUCUAAUAAUAUACAUUAAUUUAAUGCAAUAAUUAUUAACGAUCUUUUACAUUUAACUGGCGAUAUGUAUCAAUCUAGACUAUAUAAAUUCGGAAUUUGCAGUUGUGUAACCUUAUAGUUGUAAUAAAU